GUUUGUGCAUGGGCAACAAACAGUUCACCCUCUUUUUUGGUCAUUGGCCACAAUGUCCAGGAAAUCGGGAAGCUCCUCGGGUGGGGGUGGUGCCCAGGCGCCACUCAACCUGGUCAACUUUAGCUUCCUGGAUCACAAGGCGGAACUGUCCGGGCAGCUUCUGGCCCGCGGCCGACAGCAGGCGAGGAGUCUGGUGGAAAACGAAGCCGAUUUCUGGAAGUUUGUCGGCAAGUACGAGGCCAUGAUGCGGUCCUCUGGCCAGCCAGCGCUGCCACCUUUACUCACUGAGGCGGAGCUGACCACACCGCAGCCGUAUCAUCGCAGCAAGCACCUGGCGUUGCGACUGAACGGCGAGGCCUUUCUGCAGGACGCCCGCGGCGAGAUGCAGGAACAGUUCCGGCACCUGUUGCUCGUUUACCUUGACUUUCGGCAAAAGGAGAAGUUCCAGCGCAUCCGGAAGCUACGGCAAGCGCAACGCAACCUGCCCAUAGCCCGAUUCCGCAGCGAUUUGCGCGAAGCCCUUGACGAAUCGCGUGUUGUCAUCGUGGCCGGCGACACGGGCUGCGGCAAGUCGACGCAAGUGCCGCAGUUCCUGUACGACUUCGGUUACCGGAGCAUAGCUUGCACUCAGCCCCGGCGGCUGGCCUGCGUGUCGCUAUCGAAGCGCGUGGCCCACGAGCUACUGGACGACUACGGCAGCCAGGUGGGCUUUCAGAUCCGUUUCGAACGCAGCCGGACGCAGCGCACCAACAUACUGUUCAUCACCGAGGGCCUGCUGCUACGCCAGCUGGCGAUGGCCUCCAAUCUCGAUCAGUACGAUGCCUUAAUUCUGGACGAGAUCCAUGAGCGCAACCUCUUCGGUGACUUCCUGCUUGGCGUAACCAAGUGCCUAUUGCGGGCGCGGCCGCAGCUGAAGCUGAUCCUAAUGUCCGCCACCAUCAACGUGGAGCUUUUCCACAACUACUUCCGCGAGGAGGGAGCAAAACUAGUGCAGGUGCCGGGACGACUUUAUCCCAUCAAGCUACGCUAUAUGCCGCCGCCAGCGUUGGAGCUGAAGGCGGGCCAAGCGGCCGCUGCCUCCAAGCGCUCGCAGGGCUCCACUCGCAUCGAUCGCCCCUUUGUCCAGGUGCUCAGCCUCAUAGACCAGCAGUAUCCAACCAGCGAGCGAGGCGACGUUCUGAUCUUCGUGAGCGGCGUCAACGAAAUCGACUCAGUAGUGGAGGCCAUUCGGGAGUAUGCAACGCAGCAGGAGCACUGGCUGGUGCUGCCGCUGCACAGCGGCCUGGCCCUCGCCGAGCAGGAUAAAGUCUUCGACUAUGCGCCCGAAGGCGGCCGCAAGUGCAUCGUGUCCACCAACAUCGCUGAGACAUCGCUGACGGUGGACGGUGUGCGGUUCGUUGUGGACUCGGGCAAGGUCAAGGAGAUGAGCUACGAUGCCGCCUGCAAAGGCCAGCGCCUGAAGGAGUUCUGGGUGUCAAAGUCGUCAGCGGAGCAGCGGAAGGGUCGUGCUGGGCGCACGGGACCUGGUGUUUGCUUCCGCCUCUAUACCCAGGCGCAGUUCGAUGCCUUCGAAGCGUAUCCGGCGCCGGAAAUCUACCGCGUUCCGCUCGACACAAUGCUGCUGCAGAUGGUGUCCAUGGGUCUGCCCGAUGUCCGGGCCUUUCCCUUCAUCGAAGCUCCGGAAACUGAGCGAAUCGAGCAAACGAUUCUGGGACUCAAGCAGCAUUGCGCCCUUAGUGUGGACGAGAAGAUCACGCCGUUGGGCAGCUCACUAGCCAACCUACCCGUGGAGCUGUCCAUUGGCAAGAUGCUGCUGAUGGGCUGUGUCUUCCCAGAGGUGGAGCAGCUGCUAACGCUGGCCGCUAUGCUAAGCGUUCAGAAUCCGCUGACAAAUCGGGCCCACACAGACCAACGGUGCGAGCGCGAACGCCAGCCGCUGGAGUCCGAUCAGGGCGACCUCUUCACCCUCGUGCGGGCCUACCGUGAGUGGCUGGAGCUGAAGAUGCGGCGUGAGGGCACGCGCAAGUGGUGCCACCGUUUGGGCAUUGAGGAGCAGCGCUUCUAUGAGGUGACCAAGCUUCGCCAGCAAUUCCAGCGUAUCCUCGAGAGCUGCGGCAUGGCCGUGGCCAGUGGCAGCAGUAGCUCUCAACUGACCAGCGCCGAGCGGGCAACACGCCAUGGCGAAUUGCGUCAGUUAAAGGCUAUCAAGCGCCGCCAGCGCUUUGAACAGCCCCGUCAGCGAAAGCUGCUGAAGCAUCAACAUGGCAGCGGCGGGCAGGAGGACGAAGAGCAUGACGAGGAGCACCUGGGCGAGGAUAUGCGUGACGUGGACUUUCGGCUGCGUCACGACGCCCGCCAGCUGGCCCUGCUGGAGCGGUCGGCGCGCCUCGACCGCAGCCGGGACGUGGUGCUGCUGAAGCUGCUGCUUGUGAGCGGUUUCUACCCUCAGCUGGCCAUCGGCGACGAGUUUAACUACUGCAAGGGGGGUGGCCAGCAGUUCUUCCACACGCGUCUCAAGCCCUUCCUCUCGCAGCACCCCAACUCGCACUUUGCCAAGUACUACGAGCUUCUCAAGCUGGCCGACAGCGACAUCCAGGCCAAGCCAGACUUCUACACACCCAAACAUCCGCUGAGUGCCCGCCAUCAGAUCCUCUGCUACCAGUCCUUGCUGGAGACCGCCAAGCCCUAUCUGAUGAAUUGCAUCCGCCUGCCAGCGGCCCAGACGCUGCUGCUAUUUAGCUUUUCCAUUGACACCAAUGCCGGCCUCACACAGAUCGUCUGCGACGACUGGCUGGGCCUGGAUCUGCCCAUGCCAGGCACCGGUAUGCAGCUCCUCAGUCGCGCAAUCGAGCUGCGCCGCCGCUGGAGCAGUCAGCUUUACGCCAAGCUGGAUGAACUUAAUGACAAACGAGAGGCACCUUCGGAAGUAAACAGUCAGAGCAGCACGCUCUGGCACGAUUUGCUCGAUUUUAUGGCCCUGGACGUGGCCUACGCCAUACGUCGUCUGCUGCCUGCUGAUCUCAAGCGUCUCUACUCGCACCAGGCAGCACCGGCCGCAACGCGACUUAUGGAACUCCAGGCGAACCCCUUUGCACCGGACUAUGCCAUCAGCCCCAACGAGGAGAAGGGUGGCCUUAAUGUCUCCGAGCAUGUUGUUUAUGGCUGCUUGGUUGAGCAACAAUGGACGCUGGCCAUGGACACAACGUUGCGGGCGCAACCGUGGCAGUGCACGCGCUGCAACUUCGAACUGGAGGAGUUCGAUGUGCUGGAGCAGUUGGUGCACCAACAGCAAGCCCAGUGCCGGCCAAGCAAGAGAAAAGCUAGUCCAAGUAGGAGGACAGAUAAGCGGUCAAGCGGUUCCUCCUCCUCCUCCUCCGGUGGAGGUUAUUACUGCGAGAACUGCAAGACUCGGCUGCGUCUGCUCUCACAGAUUGACAUCCUGCGCCAUCGUCGACAGUGCACAAAAGCCAAUUAGUUAAUAGGUUGAAUAGUAAACAUAAU